AUGGCUCCGGGCCGGGCGCUGCUGCCCGCGGCGCUGCUGGCGCUGGCGCUGAGCCCGGGAGCCGCGGCCGCGCUGCCCUGCGGCGCUCACUGCCCGGCGGGUACCUUCGUAAAGAGCGCCGACUGCGCACGGGGAGCGGGCGCGCCGUGCAAGCCCUGCCCGGCCGGCACCUUCUCCAGCGCGGCGGGAAGCGGCGGCUGCAGGAUGUGUCGGCGGUGCGAAGGACCGUUUCGGUAUUUGAAAAAUUGCUCCUCAACAAGCGAUGCUGAAUGCACGUGCAAGGAGGGCUAUGGCUGCGGCAAUGAUCGCUGCACCUUCUGCACCCGAAGCUGUGGCGUGGGUCAGGAGAGCACCAGCAAAGGUUGCCAGCCUUGCCGCUAUGGAACCUUUAAUGAUCAGCCCAAUGGCUCCUGUAAAAACUGGACAAUGUGCACUAGAAACCAAAUCCUGGUGCCCGGAACUCCAGCAAAAGAUGUCAUUUGCAAUCAUGCUUCAGUUUAUUCCACUUUAGUCACUACUCUACCUACAACAUCUCUUGACAUUCCAUUUUAUAUCACUGUGCCAGGGAAGGAUGUUCAGGCAGACACAAUCAGGAUUUCUCUUGCUGUGGCUGGGCUGUCGUGCUUGAUGUUCUUGCUGCCUUUAUGCAUCUGCUUCAGUGUCUGGCAGAAAAAGAAACUACACGCUGUCUUCAAGAAAAUGCACACACCUGAACAGUCAGUUCAGGAAGAUGAUGCCUGCAGCUGCCACUUCCCUGAGGAAGAACAAGGUGAAUAUCAGAAUCCUGGUAAAUCCACAGAAUUGAGAGAUCUCCUGGUGAACUAGAAAUUGAACUGUCCGAGUCAGCCACAUUUGAGUUUUCUUUUGGAGCACAGAACAAGAAUCUGUUUAUGUAAAUAGAGUAAGUGUCAGCACCUGAGUGUUAGGGCAGUAAAUAGCCUAGCCACUGGGGAAAAGGUAUUUUUUUAAUAUUUCUUAAAAAAAUAAUAAAAAACCCUUGAAA